AUGAUGUUCGAUGUUCGAUCGUUUCAUGAGUACGACCAACAGAACGUUACGUUCUCUAAGGACCCGUAAGUUGAUUAUUGGUAUUCACUAUAUUCAUUUUACAUCUGUACUUACCCCCGUGCAGCUUCUAAACUUUUAAUGAGUUUCUUGAUCUUCCAUAUUUCGACAUUUCUAUCGGCUGCCUCGGUCGUGUUGUCGGCGAACAUGGUUCACAGUCGAAGAUCUCAGAGAUUCAAAGAUUUGAGUUAAAUCUGUCAAAAACGGAUUCAGCACAAAAAUAUAAGACAGUCACUGCUAAUUUCCUUGAAUACAAUUAGAAUCGUCCUCGAAGAUCAAGCAGUUUUUUUUUGGUGAAGGAAAUAACCGCGCUUUUGUUUUGCCGCCAAUGCAAGCAAAUGGUACAACUCUUUUCCUGCCUCGUACCCAGACGUCUCUCUCGAUGUGCGCGCAAAGGAAGGCGGGAAGGAGACACACCAGUCACUCGUUUCGCGCUCGCCUCUGCCAUGCGAAAAACGAAGCGCCUGAGGAGGAGGCUGACUCUUUUCCAUAUUUGGAAAAACGUGGAAGGGAAGUUUUACAAAUUUUCCUUAGAGACGGGGGAGGGGAGAGUAGAAUUGUUUAGCAUUUCCGGUUUCCGCGGGUAUCUUCUGUUGUUGUGUGGGGAAAAAACGGAGAGAAAAAAUUAAAAAUUAAACAUAUUCUCAUGUUUCUAUAAGGUAAAAUUCCUGGGUAACGAAAAGAAAACUCGAUAGAAGCUCGAGAGCUCCAGGAGGAAGGAAUGAUUCAGCAAUCCUCUUGGCCGUGGCGUCCGCGCUAACCGUUACGAAGAGGAAUGCUUUUCACUCCCCUCAAGGAAACGCCGCUUCCUUUCUACAUCAACGCGGCCCUUUUUGAAGCUUUCUCUUGAUUGUGUCUAUUUUUUUAUGGCUUUUAUUUUGUAUUUUGAUAUAGAAGGUGACAUUUGGGGAAAAUCAACUUGUACUGUUUACGGCUUCCUAACAAGAGAUAAUGAGCUAAGUCAUCCUCUCUUGCUUCCUAAGUAUGACGACUAAAUAAAGAAACGGGAAGAAAGAUUACUUCAUUCAGACGGUGAUGUUCUCAAAAAGGAAGUUUUUGCGCAGAUGGGACGAAAAUUUCCAAAGCGCCGUGGCGCAUAGAAUAAUCAGAUUUGACGUUUUCCUAGCUUGAGCGUUUACUUCUCUGAAUUCUGUCACUCUUCUCUUCUCAGACGAUUCGGCUUGAGAAAUGCUGGUCAGACUACAAGAACGCCAAGCCACUAGUGGGACGUACUGGAAAGGAAUAGCUUGAUUGCUACUUGCAUAAUAGGGAUAUUGAGCGUAUGCUGCCGAUAGAUUCUGGGAAUUUCUUGGUCCCGAUUUCUGUAGCGGAACUUGAGUCUCAGUUUUCGAAAUUUCAAUGGGUUCAGUAUUAUUUUCCCGAAAAUUUUAGAUGCAAUUUAACGUUUUAGGAAAGUGAGAGUUUUUCUACUUUCCUCUCUCUGUUACAUUUUUGAAUCUAAAAAUUUUAGGUUUCCUUUCUCUACGAAAAACAGCCCAACUUGGGGAGUGAAAUGUGAAAAAAUAAAGUUUAGACAGUCUUAGGAAAACUAUUAGACAAGCUUCGAAAAUUGUACAUGAAAUUUGUAGUCGUCCUAAACCAAUAGAAAAUUGUAGGCCUUGUUUGCUUUUCCGAACAGAUAUUUUACAGAAAACAGUCGUUUUUGGCAAUGAUUGUGUCGGGCCAUGUGGCGCAAUCAACGCGAAAUCACACAAAAAAAAUGCUUAACGUGUGCCACAGUUUCCUGUUUUUGCCAUUUGCUGCCUCCCAACUGGCGGGAUUGUUCUUGUGGUUAGAUGAACCAUUGAUAAACCCUACUACUUGGUUCUGGGAAUGUCAUGGGUAAUUCUUUUGUUUUCUUUGAUGUAUCCACAGUGAUUUCCCACGGACAGUUUCACUGUGGGAAGAGAGGUUACACACAAACACUGAUUUCCCUUAGGUAAAAUCCUACUUUCCCUUAGGCAAAAGGGCUAGUGGAACCGCAGCUAUUGCCUCUCUCAUUUACGCACGUAAAUUUUACGUGCGUUCGCACGGAGGAAUUACGCGACAGUGGAAAUCGAUCAACGUUAUAAAAAGGGUCAAGUGAGAUGUUACGAUUUGUGUUUAUUUUAGUGUUUUGACCAAGUCAUCAGCUAUGGCAAGCAUCUUAAACAUCGGCCUUGCCAGCUAAAAAAGAAAGGGCAGUCAGCAUUGCGGCCACGGCAAACAACCUUUCAUUUGAAUUAUUUUAGACCUGGUUUGCCUAAUAAGGUUAUCUCCCCUUUCCUUCCGCACUACAGUAACAAAGUAAGGAUCAAGAAGUACUAAGGGCAGCUCAGGUUUUUUUUUCCACCGAUUACCAAGAAAAAAUAUACCGUCACACGUUUGCGUGGCCGUGACGGGAAAGGACAACAUUAGUUGGGAACCACAGUAGAAGGACACAGAAUGAGUUAUCUCAUAAUGUGACUCCUUUUUUGAAGUCCAUGGUUUGCGAUAACUCAAAACCUGGCUUGAAGGGCAAAGCCUUAUAGCCCACGAUUUGGGAACCACAUUUCCCGUUGUCGCAAAAUACGGUGUGAGAUUUGAAGGACACAGAUUGAGUUAUUUCAAAAUGUGACUCCUUUUUGGAAGUCCACAGUUUGCGAUAACUCAAAACCUGGCUUGAAGAGCAAAGCUUAUAUAGUCCACGAUUUGGGAACCACAUUUCGCGCUGUCGCAAAAUACGGUGUUAAAUUGGAAGGACACAGAUUGAGUUAUCUCAAAAUGUGUCUCCUCUUUUGAAUUCUUUCGUGUCCACGACCUGGGCAACUCAUUUUUUUGCUGUCGCAAAAUGCGGUAAUUAAUUGGAAGGACACUGAUUGAGUUAUCUCAAAAUAUGACUCUUUCAGUUUGCCUUAGUUUGCGUUAUUUUUUGGCGCAAACCAUGGUGUUGGAACAUAGAACAUAGAUUGAGUUAACGCAAAAUACGUCCCAUUUGUCACACCACAUUAUGCGUUAGCGCAAACCUUGGACCUUUUAAAGUGCACUUUUUUUUUGCCAAGAACGUUUUUCUGCUGCUGAUCGAGUCAAUUGGGUGGACGCGAUUUGCGAACUAAAAAACAGGGGCGUUACAACGCCGUAUUUUGCAAUAACGCAAAAUGUAGUGUCAAAGCAUCACCACAUUUUGCAAUGUCGCAAACUGAGACUUCUGCAUCAAGACCAUCUUUUGAAACGCAUAUGCUAUUUCACCCAUGUGUCUUCCAAACCUAAUUGUACUGACCUAGGGGUACCCAACGUCAAUUUUCGGAAAAUAUCUGUUCGGAAGACGAUUUGAGAUCUAGAAUUUUCGGAACAUUUGUUGUAAGAUUUCUUGCUUGCCUGCUUCUCCUGGGAUUUUCGAACAUCUAAAAAUGGUAUAAUUGCCCAAUUUUAACGGAUUUUUACCCUUAAAACGUCACCUAGAAUUUUCGAGAGCCUUUUUUCUGGCUGAAAUUUUCGAAAAGGUAAGUUUUGAUCCCUAUAAUUUUCGGAUCACUAGACUUUCAGCUAGGAAAUCCGAGCAGAUGAAAAAUUUUUAGGGGAUAAAAAUAUGCCUAUAUCUACCUUUGAAAUACUAAAAUACGUUUAACAAUGCUAUGUUUAAGAGGUUUUGAACGAUAUUCUCGUUGGGUGCCCCUGACUGACUGCGACAGUAUGUGGGCAUGAACGAGUUGAAUUUACUGAAUGCUGACAAGCUUCCCGCGUUUUAUAUUUUUAACAGGACUGUUCUUAUCUGUCCACGUAGUUGGAUGUGUUGGACAAGUCUUUCCAUUGAGUCCAGAUGGGGUCGAGAAAUACCCCUAACUGAAAUCACGAAAAGUUGAAGUCUUAUUGCUGUAGCAUACAUGUUAGUUAUGAAGUGGAUAGUUUUGUCAAACAUAACUUGAAAGUUUUCUUUUUUGGCCUGUGUCAUUCUGUGAUCCCUGACCGCCGAACUAAAACUCGGGGAGGGAGAUGAGAGAAGGGGGGGAUUGGGUCAGUUUUUGCUGGGUAUGUGCCGCUGGCCUUUCAGAACCCCUAGCCCAUUAUAUUGUCUAUUCUGUAGACCCCAAAGACCCAAUUUUGGCGCUCACAUUUGUCACUUUUUGUUUAUGCAUAUAAACCCAUAUAAAGCCAAAUUUUCCUCCGCGAAUCGUCUUUUGAAUUCCUUGUUAUCACAACAUUCUUUAUUCCUAAAAAUCCCAAAUUGUGCGACCAAUUCUAUACAGUCGAACCCGCUUUACGGAUACACGCUUAUUGCGGACACCUCAUUAUUAUGGUCGAGAGUUUUCUCAGUUUUCCCUGUGGAAAACCCUUAUUACAUUUUAUAUAAAUCCAGCCCCCUUAACACGGACACACCCAUUAAUGCCGACAACGGGCAUUCGUUUAUCUCGCUAGUGCCGACAUUUCUGUUGUAAAUCUUUCCUUUAUCAAAAAAAAAAUACCGUAAGGUGACGGCAUGUCGAUGGUCCCAGCGCGCGGUACCGUACACCGGAUAGGAUGAAUCGUUGACGUCAAUUUCAGACUCUUUUGGCAUCAAACAAAGUUAUGCAGAGAACGGUUCAUGAUUAAGUUAUGUAUAAAUGAGCGAAAUUGGGUGUUUCCGCAGACAUAGUCAGCGGUUGAAGAUGUUUAAUUUAACAAUAAAAAUGUUCUGAUUUAUUUCUUUGGUGUUAUGUUCAAAUCAAAAGCGUAUUUUUAACAUAACCCGCUUAAUACGGACAUAUACACAUAUUUUUGCAAUGACCCCCUUAAGAUGUCCCUAAUAACGAGGUCUAACUGUGACUAUAUUGAAAAUGAACCGUCGUCAAAGUCAAUCCAGUCUUGAAAAUGCGUUUUACAUUCUUAGUCCUAAAAUAGAGUAGAGAAAUGUGACGUCACAAAAAUUCACAUUUGUGAGAUUAUGGGAUUGGUUGCAACCCAGAUUCAGAAAGAAGAAGAAGAUUAAAAAAGCCCCCUUGCCAAAAAAAAUCAGCCUGCUUGUGCAAACUGAUGGGAACAUAUAAACACCAUUAAUCUCCAAUGACUCUAUACAAAUCGUUUUUAAAUUUCUUAUUUCUUUUGAAGGAUUUUCAUGCAAGGAGUCAUGAAGGCAUAACAGCGCUUCUCUCUCCCUACCAGUUUGUUGUUCUUUCAGGAUAUGCCAACUACUCAUGUGCACAAAUUGAGUUUUUGUGACAUCAUCACUUCUCUUUGUUUAUUGAAACAUACUAUACAUCCCACAGCCCUAUCCAUCAGGCCCUAGUUCUUCAAAAGGUGGAUAAUAGUCUAUCCACUAGAAAAAUCUCUAUCCAAUGUAUAGCGCAAUUGGUUUUCCUAAUACUUAUCUGCUGAAUAGUGAUUUAGAGCAAUUUUCAAUUUAGUGUUGAAAGUAAUCCGGGAUUGCAUUAGUUUUGCUUUACUGUGCUCUGUGAGUGGUCUAGAAAACUCGCGCCACCUUCUAAGCCAAUCAGAUACAAAACUAAAACCAAUCGCGACUUGGUUACUCGCGUUUUCCCGCGCUUAAGGUCGGUUACAUGCGUUUACUUCGAUUUCUCAUUGGCUUCCUCUGAUAUUUUUGUUUGUUCUGAUUGGCCGUUGUGAUUACUUUGGUUUUGGUUUACGAUACUCAAUCGAAAAGCGCUCUAUCUAGUGGAUAGUGCUAUUCAACGUCUGAACAACCGAGGCCAGAUAAAUAAGUUAUUACUAUCCAGUGGUUGCAGUUAUUGGAUUUCCUAAUUGUAAACUUAUCCACUGGACAGUGAUUUAUCCAGCAAAGAGGACUUUCCAACUGUUAAACAACUAGGACUUGGUACUUGUCCCUCUUUUGGACAACCAGGCAAAGAGUUCUCCAUGUAGUCCAUUUCAUUGUUACCAACAGAGAGUGUAUCAGUGCUAAAACCUCCUACCAUGGAACAUGAAUGCGGAAUCCACGACGUGGAAUCACAGAAUACAAGACUUGGAUUCGCUGACAUUAGGCGAGAUUUCUCAUGAAGAGUUUCUAGCACAGGUUUCGAACAGGCCUUAUGCUUUCCGAUCUUCAGCAAAAAUCCAAAUUCAACUGAAACAUACAUUCUUCCUCUGCAAUAUAGGUUGUCUAAACCUGGCCAAGGGCCGAAUAUUAAAUUCUUACCUGAAGUGGAGUCAGUGAGGAAAGCUGUGGAAGAACUGAAGCAACAGAACAUCAAUAAAAUCAUCGCCGUUGGUCACGCGCGUAUAGACAUAGACAAACGAAUAGCCAAAGAGGUUGAUGGAGUGGAUAUCGUGGUAGGAGGUCACACAAACACAUUUUUGUACACAGGUACUAUAAAAUCUACGGUAAACCCUACAAGAAAGGUACAACAUUGCUGCAAGAAAAUCUGAGAAGCAAGCUGCUGGGGUGGUAAAACGCGCAACAUGUACAGAUUUUGCUGCAAAAAGUAGAACUACUUCCCGCUACUUUUGGCAAAUAACAACUUUUUGCAAAGUUGCAAUUGAAAGCAGAUUUCACGUCGUAGUGUGCGGUGACAGCACAGAAAUGUACCGAAAAGUGUGACGCAUGUGCAAAGUUGUUGCGGUUGUUUGUUUUCGUUUUUAUCAAACUUUUUUUUCUGACGUUCCCGUCACGUAACCAUUGUCGUUGCUUGUGGCUCUAUUUUAUCCCAGCAGGGGCAGCCAUUAACAGCGUUUUCUUUACAGCAGUGAUCAGUCGUCUUUGUUAGAGCUUAUUAUCUCGACGUAAUAUUCCCCGAGCGAAAGUUAAGGCCAUCAUCCGCGAGUGACGCUUUGCAUAGCUGAGUCGAUCCACUAAAGAAUCCAACCAGUUUUAUACGAAUGUUUAUUUCUUCAAAUUUAUAAUUAGUAAAUUGUUGUUUACUGAAAUGGCUGUCUUUCGGAAGGGCUUUCCUGGUAUACCGCGAUUUGACCAAAAUACAGUGGGGAUUCGGGAAUACAGGAUUUGACUGGUACCGGAAAGCCAGACUCGCUAAAAUUUGGGCAUAGGAUGGGGAAUUGGGAAAGUAAACGAUAUUCGGGGUAGCGAUGACAGACGUCUGGGAUACGGGAUUCUCGUGAAAAAGAAGAAUGAGGAAUCAGAAACCCUCCUUCCAAUCACUUUAAAUGUGUCAAAAUGUGUCUAAUUGCAAGCGUCUUCCUUUGUUUCAAUCAGGAAAGCCCCCCUCAACAGAAAUACGUUACGGUAAAUACCCCCUGGAGAUGAGGUCAAAGAGCAACCCACUGUCCAAGAAGGUACUGGUGGUUCAGGCGUUUGCUUACGGAAAAUACCUUGGGAAUCUGACAGCUGAUUUUGAUGACAAUGGUGAUUUGACCUCCUGGUCUGGUAAUCCAAAACUGUUGGACAAUUCUGUAGCCCAAGACCCAACAGUUCUGGGACAGGUUCAGCAGUGGAAGGCUGAGGUGACUAAAGUUUCAGAGGUAAGGAGUGAUGAUAUUUUAAAUUAUUUUCUGGUGAUCUUUGCCAGUUUAGACCGACCGAUAUCUCAGAAUGAUACCACUUUAUAUCACUGGCGCCAGUGACUGAAUUUAAGACAGUUAAGAAUUGAGAAAGUCCACUUUUGUAAUUUUUACUAUCUAUUUAACCACUGAUUUAACACAUACGACAUCAGGCGCUCUGUAGACAAUAAAGUUAUUUUGUUCUGUUCUGUUCUGUUCUGUUCGCAAACCAGACUACGAAACCUGAAACUUAUAUAUCGGUGUCUAACGCGCUAAAGUAUGAUAUUGAUGAUGGAACAUUGGUGUAGCCUGUUCCAGGCGCUCAUAUGAAAAGAAGAGCACAACAAGAAGUGAGCAGGAAAAACGAGAAGGAGGGGAGGGGGGCUGGGGGGGAGGGCGGGUUAAUUAGAGGGAGCGAAAGACACGCGUAAGUGGACGAGAUAUUUAAGGAAAGAAUCAGUAUGAAUCAAAAAAUUGUUUCGUCUUGCAGGUCCAAGUGGGUUCAAGCUUUGUUUUCCUGAAUGCAACGAAACCAGGUUGCAUGCUCAAAGAAUGCAAUUUAGGAAACGUUGUUACAGAUGCUAUGGUCUUCCAUUACGCUCAUCUAUCAGCCAGUGAAGAACAGUGGACGGAUGCUAGUAUUGCGCUUCAAAACAGCGUGAGUAUUACUGCAUCUAUUACCGUCAGUGCACAAGGUACUGCAACAAGUGUGCUUAUGAACACAAGCUAUACGCUUCGAUUUAAUCGUCAUUUUUUGCAAACGCGCUGGCUGGGGUGAGGACUCGACGAAUGUUAAGAGGUCUUAAGAGAAAAGGCGGACUGCAAGCAGUCUAUUCAAUGUGGUCAGUGACUAAGGAAAGUAAGGUUGCUCAGUAUACACGUGCGCGAUUUUAGUCUUCUUCUUUGUCAAGGAGACAAUCAAACAAACUAGUUAAAUCCUGAAGCAUGUCGCCCUGCCUCGUGCCCAGGUGUUCUUCUUUGCCCUUGCAUUACGCGCGUGGUGUCUUAAGACUGAUGCACCACCAGCCUUGACUUAUUACAUCCAUCCCAUUACCCAUGACCCUCAAGCAUUCUCCCAUGCAUCCACGCGAUAGUAGCGCCUGGUGACAGGGCACCAAGUAGCUGCAGUAGCCAGCUUUAAGCGCUGGAAAAUGCAUUGAGCAAGUUGUUUCGGUUUACUUCUGAUUGGCUGAGAAAGUCGCACGAUAUUCUUUAGCCCAUCACAAAUCGUAGCGAUAAAAAGUCUAAGGAAUCACUGUUUUUCUUAACCCCUCAUUGAAAACAGGUCAUAUCCUUGAGUCAGCGCUUUUUUUUACUCUACGGCUUUUAUAAACACCCAACUUGCCUUAAUUGUUCGAAAGACAAUCUCUCUGAAGUUAUUACCAACUUGCUUCGGCCACAAAAUAUACAUUUUGUCUCUCUAAUUUAUUCAAAUACGAUUACGUAUGGUCACGUUUUAAACAGUUUCCCUUACAAGAACACGGUAAAUCUGGUGGAAUUAAAAGGAACGGACCUCCUCAAGGUUUUUGAGCGAGUCGCAUCUAUGUACAGUAAAAGAAAGCCUAGUGUAUCAUUCCUACAAGUUUCAGGUAAACUAUUUUUUAUUCACCACCCUGAUAGAAAUAGGGUUUGCUUAAAGGACGUUUUAAAAGCAAUCACGCAGCAAUAUCAGCGAAAACGUUAUAUUAAAAGGUGAAUUACUGCUGUUUCAAACUUCAUUGCGGUUAUUCCUUUCCGAUCAAUUUGUAAAAUUAGGCGAGCUUUUCUAGAUUUGAAUUAUUAAGGCCGUAUGCAACUAGAAAGAGAAAAAAGAAAUGGUCGUCUUUUGCUAAGGCCCUAUUUAUAAUGGAGAAAACUUAUCCCAGGUAGAAGGAUCACUCACCUCGUCCGCAGUCGUAUUCGCGCAACGCACGCGGCGGGAGCACGGAGAGAUAGUGAAAGACGACUGGGGACGAGUCAGCGCCCGCCUACCCGAGCUUCUCUGGCCGAGCCACCUUUUCAUACAUUUCCUUACAAAAUUUGGCGAACCGUUUACAUGAGAAACAAAAAGUUGACUCGGAUAAAACUGUGCUUGUUUGAUAGUAGGCAGGGUCAGUCAACUCGGUCAAGGCGAGACAAUCCGGCAGAGUGUGCGCGAGCACUGUUGCAAAGGGGUAAUUAACUCUUUUCUAAUAUAAACGCUCCGCCACUUUAGUUGACUUCACUGGUGGUGACCCUCUUUCCCGAGACAACUUUUUUCUCCAUAUCAAGGGGGUGUAACUUCCUUCGUAAACGUGAAAUUAGCAAGAAAUUUUUACAACAAAUGUUCCGAAAAUUCUAGAUCUCAAAUCGUCUUCCGAACAGAUGUUUUCCCUAAAAUUGUCGUUGGGUGCCCCUGACGUAGACUACGCAUUUAGACCACGUGUUUCAAUGUUUGUAUCCUUGUGAGAAAUAAAAAACUAUGGAGCAGUAUACCUGCGCUGGACUCCAAAUCGGGAGGUCUGGGUUUGACCCCUGGCCGGGGUCAUAUGUUGUUUUCUUGGGCAACUCACUACUCUCACUACCCUAGCCAGGCCCCAGUUGUUCAAAUGGUCGAUAGCGCUAUCUACUGGAUAAAUCUCUUUCCAGGCGUGUGUUUCUCAAAAUUGCCGAAAACGGUUCGGACCCAUAGCUGCGGGAAAGGUGUUGUUGUUUACAUUAAAGAAAGAGGUUUCAGUAGUUUUGCCUAUAAACAUAAUAAAACUAUCAGUUAACAAAACAAAAAGGACUGGUUUGUUAGGUUCUAUUGCUAUCUUUGUUCAUUGUUUUCCCAACCAAUCCCGUGAGGUCUUCCGAGAGCUGCCUCGUCGCCGUUUUGUCAGAUAUAAACCGCGCUUUUAUCAUUUAGAUUUUGAUUUAAAUUCCGGUCCGAAGGCUUACCGGGACUUUCGAGAAAGGGCACCUGGCCCCAGUUGUUCAAAAGUUGGAUAGCGCUAUCCACCGGAUAAAUCACUACAAUAUACCCAAUGGAUUACCGGUACGUAUUACGAAAACUAAUUGCGAUAUCCAGUGGAUUAACUGCCCUUUGCAGAUCAGACAUUUAGAUUUAGAUGGAUAGCGUUAUCCACCUUUCGAACAACUGGGCCCAGAAGUAUCAACGGGUACGGGCAAAUUAAAUGCUAGGGGUGACCCUGCAAUGCACUAACAUCCCGUACGGGUUAGGAGGAGAAGUGUUUGCUACGGACACGUGGAAAUACGAAAAUGCGCGACAGGUUUCUUUCCCAAACUCCUUUGCGCGCGCCCUUUUUCGCGCUGCAAGCAUUUUUUUUUCACGAAUAGGUUCAACAAACCCAGGGGCAAAUAGAAAGCGAACUAGAUGCACAUCAAUUAUUACAUGAUGACGACUUUUCUUGUCAUCGCUUUGUUUAUUUAUUUAUUUUUUGUACUAAACAGACAGCUAUGUUACAUUUUUCAGUGCUUACAUAACCAGCACGCGUUACAUCGAUCAGUGCUCAACUGUGACAACGAGAUGUGUGCGUUAA